GAGCAUCGAUUGGAAAAAAGAAAGUGUGACCGGUGUGAGAAAAAGAAGAAGAAGAAGCAGAGGUAGAUAGGCUGGAGAGAGAGAGAGAGAGUAUAAAGAAAGGAAAGGUUAUACUCUAAAAGGCUGGAGGCUUCGAGAAUAGCUCAUGACUACUGAAGUGACACGCUCACUCCGUCCACGGUAAGGAAGUGAAGACUAUUUAGUUACAACUCCCGAGGAAGUGAGAGAGGAAGCACACUGCGCACCACCCUCCACUGUCUAAGGAGAUCACAGACCAAAUCAUCACUUUGUCUCUCUCUCGUUCUCUUUCCCCGUCUACUGGUAUUGGGAUUUUAAUAAUAUUAAGAAUGGAUCCGCCUGCAAUGAUGAAUGAAGGAGGGCCUUACAGUUUGGAGGAGAUCUGGCAAUUUCCCAUUAACGGGAGCGGAAGAGGGCACUUUGAUUUACUUAAUUUGGAGCAGAGAGCAGCUGCUUCUGUCAGGAAACGUCGCGAUGUUGAUUUUGAUGUUGAUGAUGAUUCUUCUUCAAAACCCACUACCAACGGACUUCUGCGGCUUAAAACAUCAGGGAGUAAAGAUGAGGAUCAUCAUCGUCAUCAUGAUUCUAAAGAUGAAGCAGAACCCAGUUCAGGCAAGCAUGUGGAACACAAAACUCAACCACCAGAGCCAUCAAAACAAGAUUAUAUCCACGUACGAGCAAGAAGGGGUCAAGCUACUGAUAGCCACAGUCUAGCUGAAAGAGCUAGGAGAGAAAAGAUAAGCGAAAGGAUGAAAAUUCUUCAGGAUCUAGUCCCAGGCUGCAACAAGGUUAUUGGCAAGGCCCUGGUCCUUGACGAGAUUAUCAAUUACAUCCAAUCAUUACAACGUCAGGUUGAGUUUCUAUCAAUGAAGCUUGAAGCAGUAAAUACGAGAAUGAACCCUGGAAUUGAAGUCUUUGCUUCUAAAGAUUUUUUAUUGCAGUUUGGACAAACUUUUGACACUGCUGGCAUGGCAUUUGGUUCUCAAGCCACGAGGGAAUACAGUCGUGGUACAUCACCAGAAUGGUUGCAUAUGCAGAUUGGUGGUGGUUUUGAAAGAACGUCAUAACGUAGAAAAUCCUCAUCAAUUACCAAUAAGAACUCUAAGUGGCAAAUGCUUCAUCCUUCACUGGCUGUCAAAAUAUAUAUACUCCACUUGGUUAAAACGAAGACCAGAUUUCCAAUUCAACUUCAGGCUGCUCUAAGUUACUAUCUGAAGUCCGAACAUCUCCAUUUGUUUGUGUUGGAAAAUGAUUCUUUUACUCCAACAUCUCUUAGCAGGCAUGGUGUUCAUGUCUGUGCUAAUACCUGAACAGACAGAACCUCCUAAAAUGAGUAUUAAUCUUGUAAAAGAAAGUUGUUUGUCCUAUAUUUUCGUUACCUGCUAUGAUUAUCAAAAAAUAACAAUAAAAAAAAAACCUUCUGGUGAAUUCUACCAAUAAAUGAGCAUGUUUCUGGGUGA